AGAAUAGAAAUAUUGACCUUUCCUUGCCUGUGUCUCCUUCCUUUCAGAGUGGAAGAUGGCCCUUUACCAACCUGCGGACGUGAUUCUGGAUCCGGACACCGCGCACCCCAACCUCCUCAUUUCUGAGGAUCAGAGGAGCCUGAACUAUACAGAUGCACGGAAGAGCCUGCCAGACAACCCCAGGAGAUUUCAAGAUCGUUUCUGUGUGCUGGGCCGUGAGAGCUUCACGUCAGGCAGACACUUCUGGGAGGUGGAGGUGGGGGACAGGAAACAGUGGCAUUUAGGGUUGUGUAGGGAGAACGUGGAGAGAAAAUAUUAUGCUACAAUAUCACCGGAGAAUGGAUUCUGGACAAUAGCACUGUCGGGUGGGCAUGAAUUCCAUGCUCGAACGGAUCCCCGGAGCAAACUCACAGUUGCCAACCCUCUUAAAAGAGUGGGGGUUUUCCUGGACUGUGAGAUGCGGGAGGUCUCAUUCUAUGAUGCCAUCGAUGGAUCACACAUCUUCACCUUCCAACAAGCUUCCUUCUCUGGGCCUCUGUGGCCUUUUUUCAGGAUUUGGUCACAUGAGUCCUCUGCCUUGACCGUUUGCCCAGCACCAAAAGGAGUGAGGAGUUCUAUUGUGUCUGACCCACUGCCUGGCCCUUCCCUGGAGACCCCAGUGGCCUCAGGCUCAGCUAAUGGCAAUGAGGACCCCAGGAGGAAGUAAUAGG